UCCGUGUUCCCCAACCUCUGUAAUCUGGCGCUUCACGCGGUGUGGGCGAGUGUAGAGCCAUACAUCCGCAGUGCGGCCCCCACAGUAGUGCUCCUCGUCUUCUCAUGUCCGCUCCUGAACUUCCCUUACAUACGCCCCUUCUCCGCGACACAGACCCGGAGGACGAGCAAGCGGACGGUACGAUAGAGGACAUUGUGGAUGAGAGCGGCGAUGUCGUAUUGCUGCACGAGGGUCGUAAUCCUCCCACACCCUCGCGAGCAUACUUCAUCCGGUCAUUGGCACUCUUGUGUGCAUGUUCACUCAGUGUCGGGAGUCAUUAUGCAACGUAUAUCCUUGGCCCUCUCAAAUCCCGUCUCUCUCGAGAAAUGGGAACGAACAACACCGAGUUCUCCCUCCUCAUCUCCGCGUUCUCCCUGAACAGCACCUGGACACCACUCGUAGGCGGGCUUCUCGCUAGCCGCCUCGGGACGACAUUCACGAGUAUAAUGGCUACUGGAGUUAUCUUCCUAGGUCAAGCAACCCUCCUGGUCGGACAUCUCUCGGACAGUGUCCGUGUGAUGGCCCUCGGAAUGUUCAUCUUCGGCCUUGGUGUCAGCCCAUUGGCCGUCGUCCAAGAGACUAUCAUCGUACGCUUCUUCAAGUCGCAUGGUCUCGGUGUAUCGCUUGCCCUCGGUCUCGUCGCAGGCAAAGGUGCCUCUUUCAUCUCUGCGCUUACAUCGUAUCCCCUCUCGCAACGCUUCGGGCCCAGCGCGCCAUUCGUGGCGUCGGCAGCCCUGACCGCGUUCUCGUUCACUAUCAACCUGGUAUAUCUCUUCGCUUCCAGCUGGUUGGUCCGGGAGUCGGGCACGGAGCUCGAGGCGUCGGAGCUGAAUGCUGAGGCUCGGUCGAGAGCGGCCGCUGCGUCGGGCAUCUCUUCGGAGGCCGAAGCGUUGAAGGAGGUCGCGAAGAAGCGGAUGGUCUACCUGAGGGACAUCACCAAGCUCGGUGAUGUCUUCUGGGCAUAUAUCGGCCUUAACGUUUUGUGUGGGACAGUUUGGGCACCGUUCCACCAUCUUGCGGCAAACAUCCUACAGCGUAGAUUUGAGCUCCCUGAAGCCGAUGCAAGCAUGAAAGCGUCGUACCUUUUGUCUGGCAGCGUCCUGCUCUACCCCAUUACCGGGCUCGUCGUGGACCGGGUGAAGAAACGCAACUUCGUCAUCCAGUUGUUCUUGCUGUCGGGACUGUUAACGCUAGGCUGCUACGUCUGGCUCGCCUUACCCCCGUCCUGGACGAAGACGCCUAUCCCUGCUAUUGCUUCAUUCGCCUUCGGAAAUGGGUUUUCUCCACUGUUAUUGGUGGUCAUGGUCCCGCGUAUUGUCCCAUCAAAAUACGUGUCAACGACAUUGGGCGCGCACAAAGCGUUGGAGCAGACUGGGGCGACGAUUUUCCAGACUCUUGCAGGCCUGACUCUGGACAUCAAGAAGCCUCCGACGGAGAGGGUGCUGCCUGAUCAAGAUGACGAGGACGUGCAGUAUCUGCUCAACACCUUCGUGCUCUUCAACGUUCUGGAGGUCUUCGCCAUCGUCGGUCUCGCUUACCUAGACCACAAACAGAAGGAGAGGGUCGUCCGUCGCGCGAGCACCAUCAAUCUGCCCGGGAGCCCAGACGAUAGCGAGGGAGAAGAUAGCGCGGUGAAGCCCGCAAGGACAGAGGGCGGAGACGAUUGGCAGACAGAACGUUCCGCUGACUCACCAGCGCAUAUGAGAAGAGGAAGUAGCUUCUCUCGUCUACCCCGUGCUUCACCGUCAUCUUCAGAGCAAAACAUCCCUCUACUAGGAGGCGGUGCGCAUACGUCAACACCGCGCGGCAGUCGAUAUUUCAACGAUGCGGCCGUGUUGGGGAGUACGGAUGACCGGCCGGUGAAGGCCAGGAGAACGAGAAGGACUAGGGGCGAAGUCGGGAGAGGAGAGGUCUUCGCGAUCAUGUCAGGGAUGCUCAUUGCGUCUGCAUGGGUGCUGUUCAUGGGUACGGCAUGGUAUCGAUUACGAUCUAAGGAGGAUCGGGGAGGCUAGGGCAAGUUGCUUGUGAUGCCUAUUGACGGACACUCGGUUAGGACUACCACUGUAUUUGUAGUCUUCUCACAGAUAGAUUAAUGCACAUGUAUAGUCGACAGUGCAGAACAGGAUUGAUACAGC